CCUCACCGAAUCCAAAUCUUCCUUCGCUUCCCUUUUCUUGCAUUGCCCUAAUUCCUCAAAUUCCCCUCUCUUUAUUCUCCCAGAUCCCGGUAAACGCCCCCUUCGCCUUUUCCCUCCCUUUCUCAGGAAAAUUCUUUCAAUUUUCUCGAGAAAGUGAAACGGAAUUAUGAGCUUUCAGGACAUCGAGGCUGGCCGGCCCUUCGGUUCCAGGCGUGGCUUGGCCAACGGCAAGCAGGACCCCACGCAGGCGGUGGCUGCCGGAAUAUUCCAGAUCAACACCGCCGUCUCCACCUUCCAGAGACUCGUCAACACCCUCGGAACCCCCAAAGAUACCCCCGAGCUCCGCGAGAAGCUCCACAAGACAAGACUACAUAUUGGGCAAUUGGUGAAGGAUACAUCAGCUAAACUUAAGCAAGCCAGUGACAUUGAUCACCAUGCUGAAGUUAAUGCAAGCAAGAAGAUCGCAGAUGCUAAACUUGCUAAAGACUUUCAAGCAGUAUUGAAAGAGUUUCAGAAGGCACAACGUCUUUCAGCUGAAAGGGAAACGGCAUACACUCCUUUUGUUCCCCAAGCAGUCCUUCCUUCCAGCUAUACUGCUGGUGAAUUAGGUGUUGGUUCUGAUAAAUCACCAGAAGAGCGUGCCUUACUCGUGGAAUCAAGGAGGCAGGAGGUUUUGUUCUUAGAUAAUGAGAUUGCCUUUAACGAGGCCAUCAUUGAGGAAAGGGAGCAAGGCAUUCAAGAAAUACAGCAGCAAAUUGGUGAAGUUAACGAGAUCUUCAAAGAUCUUGCUGUGCUUGUCCAUGAGCAAGGAACCAUGAUUGAUGAUAUUGGCUCCAACAUUGAGAACUCCCAUGCAGCAACAGCACAAGCAAAAUCUCAACUUUUAAAAGCUUCGAAGACCCAAAGAUCAAAUUCCUCUUUGGUUUGGUGGAAGGGAAGAAGUAUGGAAGGGAAGAAGGGUUGGUGGAAUAAGUAAUACCUUAUACAUGCUUGCUUUUGGUGAUUUUUGGGAUUGUGCUUCUGAUCGUGAUCAUAGUUCUUGCUGCUUAGACAAAUAUUGUCUCAAUUCCAUUAUGAAGUAAAUGCAUAUAUACAGAGCAGCAGAUAUCAACUUCCUUGCUGAAGAUAUAACUUGAUCGGUGUUUUGUCGGGUCUGGUGAUUGACUGGAGUUUGUUGCAUCUGAUUUCAGUUCAAGAUGUGAGAAUUCCCAUAAUUUUGUUGUGGGGUGUUAUGUUCUCUCUAUAUGUUAGUGUUUGGGGUUUUCAAAUAUGUCACGACUUAUGUUGUAAGUCCUCUCCUUGUUUCUUUAAUUGAAAAAGUAUUAAUUCUUUCAUUUCCCUUGUAAAUGCAACACUGAAACUGGCUGGUUGUGCUGACUCUUCAGUAAAACCUUCGUAUAUGGUAAUAUGUUUCUCUUCUAGUGUUUUUAUUUCCCAAAGUUGGAACUAUAAUGUGUAUGAAGAAAAAAUGUGGAUGUAUUUGAUGAGUUUAUUCUGUGAAUUA